AUGGCUGUGACUCAGAACAGAGAUCAGGAGCUCCUCUUGACUCAAAGACAUGUCCUCACGUACAUGGAGGAUGCAGUGAGCCAGCUGCUGGAGAACAGAGAAGAUAUUAGUCAGUAUGGCAUUGCCAGGUUCUUCACUGAAUAUUUUAACAGCGUGCGUCAAGGAACACACAUCCUGUUCCGUGAGUUCAGCUUUGUUCAAGCUACCCCUCAUAACAGGGCGUCUUUUCUUCGGACCUUCUGGAGGUGUUUCCGAACAGUGGGGAAAAAUGGGGAUUUGCUGACAGCACAGGAAUACCACUGCCUGCUGCAGCUGCUCUGCCCCGACUUCCCAAUGGAACUCACUCAGAAAGCAGCAAGGAUUGUGCUGGUGGAUGAUGCUAUGGAUUGCCUGAUGUCUUUUUCUGAUUUCCUCUUUGCUUUCCAGAUCCAGUUCUACUACUCAGAGUUCCUGGAAAGUGUGGCUGCCAUUUAUCAAGACCUACUGGCUGGUAAGAAUCCAAAUACUGUGAUUGUGCCAACAUCAUCCUCUGGGCAACAUCGGCAGCGACAACCCCCAAAUGACUGCAGCCCACUCAAUGGGGUAGAGGCAUCUCUCUUCUGCCAGUGCCUAGAGUCCUUGUGUGACAGAUCAAAAUACAGCUGUCCACCUGCUGCUCUUGUGAAAGAAAUGUUGAGUAGUGCACAGAGACUGACCUUCUAUGGAUUCCUUAUGGCACUUGCAAAGGAUCAGGGGAUCAAUAGAGCCCUAG